AUGUCAUCAAAUUUUAAUAAUGAAAUUCACGAUCCUGUUGGUAAGUUAAUUAAGCGACCAGCUAAUGGUAUUUUGAAAUCCUCGAAAAGUAUGGAUGGAAGUCGACUUGAAUAUAGCCAAGAUACUAUUUCAAAACUUAAUAAUUAUCCAACAACAGGCAUGGCACGAUCAGAAAGUAAAAGUCAAAAGAUUCCACAUUUUGAUGAAAUGAAUAUUAUUGCUACAUAUCAUCCAGUAAAUAAAGAUUAUGGUCAUAUGAAAAUUGAAGAACCUAAAACGCCUUAUGCUCAUAAUGAUAAUAUCGACGACGAAAUGGAUACUGAUCUUUAUAGUGACGAAACAGCAUGUGUAGGUUUCGAUCCGGAUGCACUGCUUCAAAGGCUAAAUGAAACACCUGGUUCAUGUCAAUCCCAAAUGAAUCGAGGAUCACGAAGAUCACUUGAUGAAAAUGCUGCAGGAACUCCUGAAGAAUUAGAGCAUCGGAAACGAUUUGAGAAGCAUCGUAAACAACACUACAAUGAGUUUCAAGUUGUUCGACUACGUAAACAAGAAAUUGAAGCUGAAUUACAUGCUCUAGAACAAGAGGAAGCGACAGCAACUGGAUCAGAAGAACAAGACAGUCAAGCUAUUAGUUCGUCAUCGUCAAACGAUUCAAUCAAACCAAUUUUAAUUCCUCAACACGCAAGAAAUUCACUGUCCUCUUCUCAUCAUGUACACGUUGAAGACGAUCAUCAAUAUGAUGUCGAUGUACAUUUAUUAACACCUGAAGAACAAGAACGAAGAAAACAAUUCGAAUUAAAACGAAGGAAUCAUUAUAAUGAAUUUCGUGCUGCUCAUUUAACAGAUCAGGAUGAUGAAAAAUGA